UAGGAAGUGUCCGCGGAGCUGGGGGUAGACUCUGGCUCCGGCCAGCUGCGCCCUCUUUCCUCUCCCUCUUUCCUCCUCCGUUUUCUCCUUUCCUUCUUUUCCUCCUUUCCCGCCUCCCAGGAACCCUGGCGAAGUGUGCGUGUGUGGGAGCGCGAGAGCCCCCCACAGCCACCCCUUGGGGAGCGCGGCUGCAGUUAGGGUGAGGGUCCCAGUGCGCAGGCGCGCUCCCGUUCGCGGUCCCCAACGGACUCACCCGCGGCGGGAACGAAAAGGGGCCACCCGAGCGAGGCCUCCCAGAGGAAGAUGCUGCUGCCACUUGCCUGGUGUUCCUGAACCUCCAGGUUUCUGCCACACUGCCCCAUGGAGGACACGCUCACCUCACUCAGCUGCUCUGACUGUCAGCGCCACUUUCCUAGUCUCCCGGAACUGUCCCGGCACCGCGAGCUGCUCCAUCCAUCUUCCCAGCAGGACAGUGAGGAGGCAGACAGCAUCCCUCGGCCCUACCGCUGUCAGCAGUGUGGGCGGGGCUACCGUCACCCAGGGAGCUUGGUCAACCACCGGCGGACCCACGAGACGGGUCUUUUCCCCUGUACCACCUGUGGCAAGGACUUUACCAAUCCCGUGGCCCUCAAGAGCCACAUGAGGACUCAUGCUCCCGAGGGCCGCCGUAGGCGCAGGCCUCCCCGCUCCAAGGAAGUCAUUCCACGCCUGCAGGGGGAAGCAGCAUCCUCUGACUCUAGGGACCAGAGGCUCAGCCCUGGGGAAAGCUGGAUGAGCCAGAAAAAACAUGCCGAAGAGACAUCUGGCUGUGAGUCUGGGCCUGACCCCAGGGCAGCUCUGAGCACUAGGGAGGAUCCACCCACCAGACAAAGAGAAGGCUGGGAAAGGCAGCCAGAUUCUGAGGGGGGUGCAGAGGGCUGGGGGCCCACUACCAGUUCUGCCAGAGCCACCCCGCUCCCCACCGCAGCCAGCAGCCUCCUUAGCAAUUUGGAACAGUAUUUGGCUGAAUCCGUGGUGAAUUUUGCCGGGGGCCACGAGCCCCCUCAGUCACCUCGUGCUGAGGAGGAACGGCGGUACAAAUGCGCUCAGUGCGGCAAGACUUACAAGCAUGCCGGGAGCCUGACCAAUCAUCGCCAGAGCCACAGCCUGGGCGUCUACCCUUGUGCCAUCUGCUUCAAGGAGUUCUCUAACCUCAUGGCCCUGAAGAACCACUCCCGACUCCAUGCCCAGUAUCAGCCUUACCAGUGUCCUCACUGUCCCCGUGCCUUCCGGCUCCCCCGAGAGCUGCUGGACCACCAAGAGUCCCAUGAGGGCGAAAGGCAGGAGCGGCUAUGGGAAGGGAAAGGGACGCCCGCCACCAAUGGGCACGCGGAGGAGAGUAGCCAGGACCAGCUCCCGACUACACAGAUGCUGAACUGCUCUGGGGAGCGCAGCGCCUCUGGGGACCUGGAGGACGGUGGCCUGGAGGAGUACCGGCCUUUCCGCUGUGGGGACUGCGGCCGCACUUACCGCCAUGCUGGGAGCCUCAUCAACCAUCGCAAGAGCCACCAGACGGGUGUCUACCCCUGCUCCAUCUGUUCCAAGCAGCUGUUCAACGCGGCUGCCCUCAAAAACCAUGUGCGGGCUCAUCACAGACCCCGGCAGGGAGCUGGGGAGGACGGGCAGCCAUCAGUGCCACCAGCCCCCCUGCCUGUGGCUGAUACCCCCCACAAAGAGGAAGAGGUCCCCGCCACCACCCUGGACCACCGCCCCUAUAAGUGCGACGAGUGUGGUCGGGCUUACCGCCACCGGGGGAGCCUGGUGAACCACCGCCACAGCCAUCGGACAGGAGAUUACCAGUGCUCACUCUGUCCCCGCAAGUACCCCAACCUUAUGGCCCUGCGUAACCACGUGCGGGUCCAUUGCAAAGCUGCUCGCCGCAGCGCAGGCCCAGGGGCUGAGGGUCCCCCCAGCCACCUCAAGGGAGAGCUCCCUCCUGACCAAGUGGAAGCAGAGGCAGCCCCACAUACAGAUCAGGGGCGUGGGUGCAAACAUGAAGAGGAGGCGGCUGCGGCCGAUGUCCCCCCAGCAGCAAAUAGGACAGCACCACAGAUCUGUACUGUGUGUGGGAUGCUCUUUGAAGACCCUGAGAGCCUUGAACGUCACGGCCGGACCCAUGGGGAAGGGGAAGACAGCAGGACAGAGACCAGGGCGUCCCCUCCUCGGGCGUUUGCCUGCCAAGAUUGUGGAAAGAGCUAUCGCCACUCAGGCAGCCUUAUCAACCACAGGCAGACCCACCAGACGGGGGACUUCAGCUGUGGGGCCUGCGCCAAGCACUUCCACACUAUGGCCGCCAUGAAGAACCAUUUGCGGCGCCACAGUGGGCGGUGGGGCCAGCAGCCCGGGAGGCGGGCCAGCAGUGCUGGCAGUGGGGGUGAAGCCAAACUCCCGUCAGGCGGGAACUGGGCCCAGGACUUGGUGGGGAACAGCGAGGGCCUGGACUGUCCGCGAGACCCUUCAGGGGGCGAUCCUAAUGGAACCGCAGGCAGCUCGGAAAGCGAUGGGGGCUGUCUGCAGACUGAAGCCGAAAGGGCUAGAUGUGGGCUCGAACGGGCGGAGGCCCGUUUCCAGGGUGAUAAAGAGAGCAGGGGUACUGAGGAAGGGCUGGAAAGGAAGGAGGCCUGUUUCCUAGACAACUUGGACAUCCCAGGCGAUGAGGAAAGCAAUGGGACUCGCUUCUGUGAUGGUCUCACUGGGGUGGAUGAAGACCGGAACCGGGCCCCUGGCCAGCCCAGCUCCCCGAACCACUCUCCUGAUGAAGCUGUCACUGGCUGGCAGGCGGAGCUCUCCCACACGUGUUCGGACUGUGGGCAUUCUUUCCCUCAUGCCACCGGCCUGCUGAGCCACAGGCCCUGCCACCCGCCGGGCAUCUAUCAGUGCUCCCUCUGCCCGAAGGAGUUUGACUCUCUGCCUGCCCUGCGCAGCCACUUCCAGAACCACGGGCCCGGGGAGGCCGCCCCUGCACAACCUUUCCUCUGCUGCCUCUGCGGCAUGAUCUUCCCGGGACGGGCUGGCUACAGGCUUCACCGGCGCCAGGCUCACGACUCCUCUGGCCUGACCGAGGGGGAGGAGGAGGAGGGGGAGGAGGAAGGAGCCGCAGGGCCAGCCUCCGCCCGGAGCCCUCCGCUGCAGCUCUCGGAAGCGGAGCUGUUGAAUCAGCUGCAGCGUGAGGUGGAGGCGCUGGACGGAGCUGGUUAUGGGCACAUCUGUGGCUGCUGCGGUCAGACCUACGAUGACCUAGGGAGCUUGGAGCGUCACCACCAAAGCCAGAGUUCUGGGAACACCACAGACGAAGCUCCCAGCCACUUAGGAGAGUCAGGCGAUGCCAUGGGAAGGGUUGCAGGUGAUGACCGUGUCUUUGAGGGCACGGUGACCUCUCUCUCUGGGGAGGGUGGGGACACAAAGUCUGGAGAGGGAGCAGGUGCUAUGGUUGUAGACAGCCUUUGCAUGCAGGGGGAGGAAAGUCCGCCAGAGGCCCAGCCCCGCCCCUUCCGCUGCAACCAGUGUGGCAAGACCUAUCGCCACGGGGGCAGCCUGGUGAACCACCGCAAGAUCCACCAGACUGGAGACUUCAUCUGUCCCGUCUGCUCCCGCUGCUACCCCAACCUGGCUGCCUACCGGAAUCACCUGCGAAACCACCCGCGCUGCAAGGGCUCUGAGCCCCAGGUGGGGCCCGCCCCAGAGGCCGGAGGCAGCAGCGAGCCUCAGAACGUGGCAGGAGAAGGGCUGGGGCAGGCAGAUGGGGGAAAGUUCCAGGAAGAGCUUAAAGUGGAGCCCUCGGAAGAGGUGGCAAGGGUGAAAGAGGAGGAGUGGGGGGAGGCCACCGUGAAGGGGGAGGAGGUGGAGCCGAGGUUGGAGACGGCAGAGAAGAGCUGCCAGACCGAGGCCAGCGCCGAGCGGCCCUUCAGCUGUGAGGUGUGCGGCCGGUCGUACAAGCACGCUGGCAGCCUCAUCAAUCACCGGCAGAGCCACCAGACUGGCCACUUUGGCUGCCAGGCCUGCUCCAAAGGCUUCUCAAACCUCAUGUCCCUCAAGAACCACCGGCGCAUCCACGCAGAUCCCCGGCGGUUCCGCUGCGGCGAAUGUGGGAAGGCCUUCCGCCUGCGGAAGCAGCUGGCCAGCCACCAGCGGGUCCACGCCGAGCGGGGCGCGGGCGGGGGCACCCGGAAGCUGACACGGGAAGAUCGGCCCUUCAGGUGCGGGCAGUGUGGGCGCACCUACCGCCAUGCCGGCAGCCUCCUGAACCACCGGCGCAGCCACGAGACCGGCCAGUACAGCUGCCCCACGUGCCCCAAGACCUACUCCAACAGCAUGGCCCUGAAGGACCACCAGCGGCUGCACUCAGAGAGCCGGCGGCGGCGAGCAGGGCUAUCCCGGCGGGCAGCUGUGCGCUGUGCCCUGUGUGGCCGGGGUUUCCCUGGCCGGGGAGCCCUGGAGCAGCACCUGCGGGAGCAUGAAGAGGAGACCAAAAGUGGGCAGAGAGGCACAGAGGGCAGUGAGGGGACCCUGGCCGAUGACCAGGGACUAGAGGACAGGUCGGGUGGUCCUGAGUCAGUUCUCCAGCUGGAGGAUGGAGCCAGGAGGCUGGGGGAGCAGAGUCCGAGCCCCAUCGGGGCAGCAGGUUCGGAACCCACCGAGCCGGGAUCCGGGGACGUGGGGAAUGCCAAAGGGAGGCAAGGAGACGGGGGGCCGGUGAGUCGCGGCGGAGACUGGGUUCCUCGGGGUCAUGUACUGACCAAGCCCGCAGAUGAGUCAGAGGACAGUAUCCCCCAGAGUCCUUGCCAUCUUGGCAACACCCAGCCCAACGGACCUAGUCUGAGUCCUGUGGCUAGCUGGCACGGUGCAGACAGCCGACCUCAGCUCCAGCCCGAGAGUCCCCCCUCUUCCCGCAGCCGUUGUGGCAGGACGUACUGCCAGUCGGAAGGCCCUUUGAACCGCCACAGCACCGCCGAGACAGACUGCCGCCAUUGCCUGCCCUGCUCCAAGGAGUUCUCGAACCCUGGGGCCGCUAAGAGCCACAGCCGCAACCACAUAGCUGCCCAGACCUUCGCCUGCCCCGACUGUGGUAAGGCCUUCCAGUCCCAUCAUGAACUAGCCAGCCACCUGCACACUCAGGCCAGCGGCCUCGGUCAGAUGCCACCCCAGAUACGGGAGGCCACAGGGCCUGAAGGUGGGACUGUGGAGGAUGAGGUGGAUAGCCCCGGCCAAGGGGAAAUCCAGAAGGCCCCACCGGAACCCCCCAGGGCCCCAGGAGAGAAUGCUGGGAGAGCUGAUGGGGGGCAAGGAGUAAAGUCCACGGCGGCUGAAGACGAGGAACGGCCGUUCCGCUGUGCCCAGUGUGGGCGGUCCUACCGCCACGCCGGUAGCCUGCUGAACCAUCAGAAGGCCCACACCACUGGACUCUACCCCUGCUCCCUCUGCCCCAAACUUCUACCCAACCUGCUGUCCCUUAAGAACCAUGGCAGGACCCACACAGACCCCAAGCGCCACCGCUGCAGCGUCUGUGGCAAGGCCUUCCGGACAGCUGCCCGGCUGGAGGGUCACGGGCGGGUCCAUGCACCUCGGGAGGGGCCCUUCACCUGCCCUCAUUGUCCCCGCCACUUCCGUCGCCGAAUCAGCUUCCAGCAGCACCAGCAGCAGCACCAGGAGGAAUGGACAGUGGCCAGCUCUGCGUCCCAGAGCCACCUGUCAACAGCCAGCUGGUUUGCCUGUCAGGAAGAGGAAGGAGGGUGGGGUUGGCCUCAUCCUCAGAACUUUCCUCCCUCCCUGGAAGGAAGAGGAAGAAGGCCUGAGCCAGAUCCAAGAAAGGCCUGACCCCAUGUCCCCAGAGCUUACCGUGCUGAGCUGCUUGAAGACCUGGGAAGAGAGAGACAACAGGUGAGAUGGGGGAGCCUUACCUGGUGGGCCCAGCCUUGGCGGAAGGCAGAGGUUUGGGGGGAUGGGCCCUGGGUCCUUGUCUAUGACUGUGCAGCUACCUUACCAGCCCCUCCCAGAAUGAAAAUAUAUGAGGUCAAGAAAGAGCUUUUAUUAGAACCUAUUCAGAGUGUACACUCAGUAAUUAAUUCUCCUCCUUCAGCUGUCCUCAGCACUCCUAGGCCUGAGAAGCAGGGCCAGGGUUCACUUGGGACGGGUCCAGCCCUCCUCCAGGAUUCAGAACCCCCAACUCCAGCCCCCGCCACUGAGUCAGGGAGGCGGCCUGUGUAUGUGGAGAGCAUUAGCUUAAUUGUGCCCUCAGCCUCGAUGCCUAAGAGGAAGGAUUAGAGGCCGACGUUAUGUUCAAGUUGGGGAGGGCUCCAGGAGAUGGAGACUCACCCCACCCCUGUUCUGACGACUCAGACUCCCCGACCUUUCCAGAAUCCGCCAGAAACUCUACCAAAGGAUCCCCUGCCCUGUCUGUGUCCCAUCACAGGCACAUCAACAUCUGGGCCAGGAGAGGCCAGGGGAGAUGGGACAGAGAGAUGGAGAGACAGAGCCAGAGGGCUCCCAGAGCCUGCUGAAGGUCAUUCUGGAAGUAGAGAGGCAGAGAGGGGCGCAGGGUACACACAGGCACAGUGACUGCAGACACAGACUGUCAUCUGGCCCAAGAAGGUCCCACCUGUUUUGUCACAGGUGGCCACAUCCACCUCCCCUGCUCCACAGCCAGACACAGGCUCGGGCCGACUGUCGCCCCACAGACACGCGCCCUCACCACACUGAGCUGCAAGGCUGCUGGGACAGAGGGUGGCCAGUCCCUGAACGCCCACCAUACCACGCCCCUCCCCACUCACACACGGGUGGCUCACCCUCGACGAGGACCGCUGCUCCCAGGAUGAGCAGCCCUGGUCCCCAGCUCGGCUGCAUGCUGCUCCAGGCCACUCUGCCGCCCGUGCUCCGCUUUUCAGAGAGGCCACCUGGGUCUCCCUAGCUCCACCUCUGCUCCGCCCCCGGUUGGCUAAGAGUCAGGUGUCCUUGCUUUUCCUCAGGCCGGGAAGGGAGCCAGUGGCUCCUAGCUCUGGGGCUGCGACUGUGUUACCCUGGGCUCUUCACCACCCCUCCGGGCAGCUCCGCCAUGGCCAGACUGCGUGGGUUCAAACCCUAGUUCCCCCAGUUAACUGCCUGAGCGACCCUGGCCAAUUAGCCUGUCCGUGAACUCAGAAUUGCUGAAUGUGAAAAUGCCCGGACCAGAGUCUGACAUAGAGUAGACUUGCCCCCAGCGUGGAAGCUGUCCUCUGGGGACUGGGAAGAGCACUGUGGGCAGACUCCCAGGUCUCACUUUAUUUCAGCUUCCCCACCUCUCUCCCAGGCCCACGUGCAGGUGGGUCUCACAUACCUUCUCCCACCUUGCUUCAGAGGCCGCGUGUGCAGGGCUGGGGACUGAGGACCAGGGCUCUGUCCCGGCAGCACGACUGACAGAUCUCAGCACCUCUCUGCUGCCUUCCCAGGGACCAGGGUUACAGCGGCGCCCACCUUUCUGGCAGGCGGUGGAAGACUCAGUCGGGAGGGAAGAACACUCAGGGCGCACUCUUUUUCUCUUCCCCACUUCCAGCUCAGGCCAGCCCAAACUGCUCAGGAACCCUGACCCCAACACAGAGGCAGCUGUGUUAAGAGCAUAGACAUGAGCCAGACAGCCCCGGCGGAUCUGAAUCCCGAGGGCACCUUAACCCCCUCCCUGGCACCAGCUGUGUGAUCUUAGGUAAAUUACUUACCCUCUCUGUACCGCAGUUUCCUCAUCAAGAUAGGGGUAA